AUGACAAGAUUAACGCAGGAUGAAGGUCCUGCAAAGGAUUGCUACAACGUCGGCAUAUAUCCAUUCACCUCCAUCUUCCUCAUCGGAUACUGCUUCCUACCGGCACUCUCGCUGUUAUCCGGGCAGUUCAUCGUGCAGACUCUCAGCGUGGCCUACCUCAUCCACCUGCUCGUCAUCACCCUGAUACUGUGUCUGCUGGCCAUGCUCGACAUCCGGUGGUCUGGAAUCUCGCUCGAAGAUUGGUGGCGCAACGAGCAGUUCUGGCUCAAUGGCGGUACCAGCGCUCACCUUGCAGCCGUGAUUCAAGGGUUGCUGAAGGUGAUCGCCGGCAUAGAGAUCUCAUUCACGCUCACCUCAAAGUCAGCUGCCGACGAUGGAGACGCUGACCUCUACGUGGUGAAGUGGACGUCGCUGAAGAUACCUCCGCUCACCAUAAUAAUGGUGAACCCGAUCGCCAUCGCGGUCGGGGUGAGCCGGACAAUGGACGACGUGAUCCCUCAGUGGAGCAAGCUGUUGGCAGGGUUGUUCUUCAGCUUCUGGGUGCUUGCUCAUCUCUAUCCGUUUGCAAAGGGACUAAUGGGGAGGACACCGACGAUCGUUUACCUGUGGUCGGGGUUCAUCGUCAUCACUAUCUCACUGCUGCGGGUGGUCAUCAGUCCUCCGUCGGCGAACUCGCAGAUCGGCGGAUCAUACACGUUCCCUUGACUCAUUCACUGCACUCGCGUGCCGUCUGACCUUGUCUAUCGAUGAUGGUUGUUCUGUCACUUCCUGGAUCAUCACAUAUCCUUUGUACCCGAUGAG